AUGGUAGACAAGAAAGAAGCUUUCAAUAUUAACUUUGCGGCUGUAACGAGAAAUUACUCAGUAACACCUCGUAUUGGUUUUGGACUCGAUUAUCGAACGGUUGCUAGUGUAAAUGGGCCUCUAGUAGUUUUAGAUAAUGUUAAGUUUCCAAAAUUUUCGGAAAUCGUGAAUUUGACAUUGCCCGAUGGUUCAUGUCGAGCCGGCCAAGUCUUAGAAAUCCAAGGAAAGAGGGCGAUAGUCCAGGUUUUUGAAGGAACUUCCGGUGUUGAUGUAAAAGCGACUCAUGUAGAGUUUUCUGGAGAUACCUUAAAGAUUCCGGUAUCCGAAGACAUGUUGGGUCGUAUAUUCAAUGGUUCAGGAAAAGCUAUUGAUAAAGGUCCAAAAGUUUUCGCCGAAGACUUUUUAGAUAUUAAUGGGUCUCCUAUAAAUCCUUACUCACGUAUUUACCCUGAAGAAAUGAUUCAAACUGGUAUCUCGGCAAUUGAUACUAUGAACUCGAUUGCACGUGGUCAAAAAAUUCCAAUCUUUUCUGCAGCCGGGUUACCCCAUAAUGAAAUCGCCGCACAAAUUUGUCGUCAAGCUGGUCUUGUCAAAAAGGUUGACAAGGGAGUGUUUGAUGAUCAUGAAGACAAUUUCUCAAUUGUAUUUGCCGCUAUGGGUGUCAAUAUGGAAACCGCGCGCUUUUUCAAGCAAGACUUCGAAGAAAAUGGGUCGAUCGAAAGGGUUACAUUAUUUUUAAACUUGGCAAACGAUCCAACCAUUGAACGUAUUAUCACUCCACGGUUGGCUCUCACCACUGCCGAAUAUUAUGCCUAUCAGUUGGAGAAACAUGUUUUAGUUAUUUUGACCGACAUGAGUUCGUACGCUGACGCUCUGCGUGAAGUUUCUGCUGCGCGUGAAGAGGUACCUGGUCGUCGUGGAUAUCCGGGUUAUAUGUAUACAGAUUUAUCUACAAUAUAUGAACGUGCUGGGCGUGUGGAAGGUAGAAACGGGAGUAUCACCCAGAUUCCUAUUCUAACUAUGCCGAACGAUGAUAUUACUCAUCCUAUUCCGGAUCUGACGGGAUAUAUUACGGAGGGUCAAAUAUUUGUUGACCGUCAAUUACACAAUCGUCAAAUAUAUCCGCCUAUCAAUGUUUUACCAUCACUCUCACGAUUAAUGAAAUCUGCCAUUGGUGAAGGUAGGACAAGGAAAGAUCAUGGAGACGUUUCAAACCAACUUUAUGCCAAGUAUGCCAUUGGCAAAGAUGCUGCCUCCAUGAAAGCGGUGGUUGGUGAGGAGGCUCUUGGUCAAGAAGACAAACUUGCUUUGGAAUUUUUGGAAAAAUUUGAAAAAACAUACAUCGCCCAAGGUGCAUAUGAAUCUAGGACGAUUUAUGAAUCGUUAGAUUACGCAUGGUCCCUUCUUCGUAUCUUCCCAAAGGAAAUGCUAAAUCGUAUACCACAAAAAGUUUUGCAAGAAUUUUACCAACGUGAUAGGAAGGCAAAAGGAA